AUGAAGGAGAACCAGCAGCGGGGACUUGCGCUUGCUCUAGAUCAUGUUGCCAGCGUUUUGUCUGGCGAAUCGCCGAACGUGCGGGUCGGCACCCUCAUCGAGGAUGCGGUGUGGGAAGACGCGGCCUUUCUGCACGAGAAUGUCGCUAACCACCUGAACCUAGCCUCUUAUCAGCUGCUGAAGAUUGCGGCCCUGUGCCACCUGCAAGAGUACCGAGCUCUGCUAAAGGUGGUAGCCGCGGUGGAGCCGACCCGCGAGGUGCUGCAACCAAUUGUCUUUUCCGUACUACUAUCCUUCUAUGAGGCUCUCGCAUGCGCUCAGCUCCUGCCCGCCCGUGUCCCUGGCGCCCCGGCCCCUCAUCCGAGUUCUGAAGCCGCCUACUGGGAGCGCCGGCUUGGAGAGUGCGUUGAUGCUCUCAAAGAGUACGGCGAUGUGAACCCCCCUCUUCACGGGCACCGUUACUGGCUCGCCUUCGCGGAGCAGCAGCGCUUGGAAGGCGACCACCUAGCAGCAGAAGUGGCGUAUGAGAAGGCCAUCGACGGUGCAGAGGCGGGCAACUUCCUUCAGGACAUCGGUUUGGCACACUUGCUCGCAAGCCGCCACUACGCGGCGGCCGGCCGACGCCGCACCGCAGCGUGGCACCUCACCGAGGCGCAAGACGCUUACGCCGCCUGGGGGGGGGCCGCGGUGGUCCAGCGCCUGCCAAUCAUCCCCCCCCACCAGCGGCCCGGACGGCAUAAGCCGGCGGCCCCGCCGCGUCGAAGCGCAUCCCCGAGCACAGACUCGGCACUCAACACAACCACAAUCGAUUCACUUCAGCCCGUCGGGCAGUUGACGGAGGACAGCUUACAGAGCCUCGACGUGCGCGCAGUGCUGGCCGCGUCGCAGACCCUGAGUAGCGAGAUCGUGCGGGAGGCGUUGUUGGAAAAGUUGCUGAAUAUAGUGAUGGAAGUGGCAGGCGCGCGUUACGUCGUGCUCGUGCUGCAGCGGUCGGGCGAGAGCGGGUGGUUUCUUGAAGGGAGCGCGAGUGUUGCCGGUCGCGCGGCCGGGAAGCGACCAGAGGACCCGACGGAAACAAAGCGCUUCAGGUUUGCGGAUGAUACUGCAGCUCAAAUGUCGGAAGGAGUGCUGACCAAACUGGCCCCCAUGCCGCUGAGUGCGGCGGGCGCGUUGGUUCCCCAGGCGCUUGUGUUGUACGUUUCGCGGACGCAGGAGGUGGUGAUGCUGAAGGGGGGGGGGCAGGCGGCCGCCGUCAAAGACCCGUACCUGGACCGGCACCAACCGCAGUCGGUGUUGUGCAUGCCCAUUGUGCGGCACGGAGAGGUGGGCGGUGUGUUAUACGUGGAGCACGACCUGCUGCCGGACGCGUUCCCCGCUGCGCGCAUCCAGACGCUGGCCAUGCUGAGCGCGCAGAUCGCCAUCAGCAUCGAGAACAGCGACAUGUAUGCCGAGAUGCGGAGCCGCGAAGUCGAGCUCCUGACGGCCAAGAACUUGGCAGAGGAGGCAACAAGAGCCAAAAGCCUCUUUCUGGCGACUAUGUCGCACGAGAUCCGCACCCCCUUGAACGCGAUCAUCGGCAUGACGUCACUCCUGCUUGGCACGGACCUGUGGCGGGAACACCACGAGUGCGUGGAGACCAUUCGGCAGUCGGGCGACCAACUUCUUGGCCUGAUAAGCGACAUUCUGGACUUCAGCAAAAUCGAGGCGCGCACUCUAGAGCUGGAGUCGGCGCCCUUCAGCGUGCGGCAGUGCCUCGAGGAGGCCGCCGAUUUGGUCGCCGCCAAAGCCGCUACUAAGCAGCUGGAGCUCGCGACGCACACUGCCGCCAAUGUACCGGGCACCGUUCUGGGCGACGUCUCGCGGCUGCGCCAAGUCCUGGUCAACUUGCUGAGCAACGCGGUGAAGUUCACGGAGGAGGGCGAGGUCAUCCUCCAGGCCAAGUGCAUCGAGUCGGACGACAAAGCGGUCUCCCUCGAGUUCUCGUGCAGAGACACUGGCAUUGGGAUCGCCGCGGAACACAUCCCCCGCCUCUUUACCGCUUUCUCGCAAGCGGACGCAUCGACAACUCGUCGAUUUGGGGGCACUGGCUUGGGCCUCGCCAUUUCCAACAAGCUCGUCAGGGCAAUGGGGGGCCACUUUACCGUCGACAGCGCCCUCGGGGCUGGUUCCACCUUCCGCUUCGCCGUGCAACUAGAGACUGCACCUAGUAUCAUGAUUGAAGCGGUGCCGGCAGACGCGCGCGCAUUGCAGGGCAAAACGUGCUUACUAGUCGCGCGUAAUGCCAGCUUAAGAGCCAUUCUAGAAGAGCAGGUCGCGGUGUGGGGGAUAAAGUCCACUGCGGUCGCGACGGAGGGGGACGCUUUAGAAGCGCUCCACACGACAAAGCCCUCGUUCGACUUUGGAGUAACCGACCUCAGCACUCUCAAUUGCGGAACGAUUGCCGGGUGCGCUUUUCUGAAGGCAGCGCCCCGAUUCCCCCUGGUCAUUCUGAGCACGUGGACUGAGAGGGAGGCCAAAGCACAGCGGACGGAUCACGACCGCGUGAUCAUCAUCAGCAAGCCCGUGAAACAUGCCAGCCUGUGGGACGCCGCAAACAAACUCCUAACGACGGGCGCCCAUAGCAAUGGGUCUCCCACCGCGAACGGCGUGCUUCCGUGCGCGGGGGCGGGGCCGCACAGACUGGAGUCGAGCUCGAAGCUGCGGGCUCUGCUCAGAAUCUUGAUUGCGGAGGACAAUAUGGUGAACCAGCGGGUGGCCAUCCUCCUUCUGAAGCGGCUCGGGUACACUGCGGACUGUGUCGCGGACGGGCUGGAGUGCAUCCAGGCGCUGCAAACGCGGCCGUACCACGUGGUCCUCAUGGACUUGCAGAUGCCCGUCUUAGAUGGUCUGCAAGCAUCGCGGGCUAUCUGUACCGCAUACCCCAAAGGAACGCGGCCGUAUCUAGUUGCUGUGACGGCAAACGCGAUGCAAGGGGACAGAGAUCUGUGCCUCGCUGCCGGAAUGGACGACUACAUAAGCAAACCAGUGCGGAUCGAGGAGCUUAAGAGAGUGUUAGAUGCUCAGGCAUGUAGGCUGGCCAGUGCCGAACCUAAGAUUUGAAUAGAUCAGUGCAGGUUUAGACUUCACUAUCAAGUGAAGUGUCUAUCGUUAUUCUACAAAGGGCGGAUUGCAAUAAUAUCUCAUAACGACUACUCAAAACGGCAGGGCGUCCAGCUCAUUUAUGUGUGUCGCAUGGUAGACUUGGCAUUGAUAGUUUCGGCACGGUCGAGUGCCGGACGAGAAGGUAGCCCGGAAAGAGACCCCGGAUCUUAGCCCGGCUUGAUAGUUGUCUAUUUUAGAUUACAACCUCAAAUCAUUCGAAACAAGCUUAGCAAGAGUGGUAUUGAUUGGACGAGAAACAAAUAUGCAGUGCAUGCAUCUUGAAGAUGCCAGAAAUUACGUCCAUUUCCGAGCAGGCCAAACUUUAGUUAGUCAAUUUUGAUCCACGUGAUACAUUGAACUUGUUAGCCAAUCAAAUGAUAAGUAACUUGACAUGACGAACUAGACCCGAAUCCCCGA